CGCGCCAGAAACUCCUUCGUCUCUCUGCCCCCAGGCACCGUCCACACACACCGAGGUCACGAGGGAGGGAGAAGAGAGCGGAGAAGGUAAAGAAAAGGAGACACAGAAAGAGAGGACAGAAGGGGAAAGAGACGGAAGAAACGGAGAGAAAAAGAGGAAGGAGAGAGAGAAGAAGUGACAGAGUGGAGGGAGAAGGAAAGAGAGAGAGAAAGAGGGGAAAAGAGAUAAAAGAGAAGAGAGGGAGGAGAGGCGAGAGGAAAAAGACAGAGAAGAAGAGAGGUGAAGAGAAACUAGGAAAAGCCACCGGCAGUGAUGCACCCGAAGGAAGGCCUUUCUUUUAAGUCUUUUCACAUGCGUUCGAAGGACUUCCACCUCAGUUUGUGGUCCAAAGACGCGAUGCGAAAGAACCGAGAGACAUCGAACAGAGUGUCUCGCCUUCGGCUGCAUGCAAGGUCUGCGCUUCCUUUCUUCUCCUUUCUUUUCUUUCAACUCACUGUCAUCGUCGCCUGGUCAACGCAACCAGCUCGCGGCCUCUCGGCUCCGUGGGGAGCGGAGCUGAGACGCGGUUGGUCUGCGGGAAAGUCGGGCGCUCUCUCGACGCAUCGUUCUCUCUCUCUCCCAUGGGCGUCGUCUCUCUCAGUUUCGUCUUCUCUCUCGCUUCCUUCUUCCCUCUCACUCCCCUCCUCCCUCGCUCCUUCCGCGGCCUUCUGUGACUCUGCGUCCGGCGGCGAUGCUGUCUCUGCGAAAAGGCGUCCUUUUUCCUCUUGGUGUCGCGAGGCGUCAACGCAGCUUGGCGCAGAACAGCGCGCAAGACAGAGAGAUCGGCUAAAGCUUCACGAGCGCGCCCAGCUGUGUUGUACAUACACCUCAAGCUGGCGACGGUGGAUGGAGCCCAUCCGUAGGGGCGCUGUGUGCGGGGCAUUUCUUCCUUCCCAGACGCGGCAGUUUCCUCGCCUCACCCACGGGUCCUUUCCCUCGUUGUGCGCCGCGUCUGCUUCCCCGCUGUCUCCUUUCGUGUCUCUCCUGUCUCCUUUUCCAGGUUCUUCUUGUGGGGUGACAGGCCGACCCGUCUCGGGUGGCGCUGCUCAGCAGCCAGAGUGUUUCAGUUCUCGAUCAGGUUUCGUUUCUCCAGAUUUCUUUAGACUCGCGCCUCCCUUCUCCCCCGGCGUACAACCUUCUAGGCGGCUGACACCUCAACCGACUCACUUUACUCUUCCCGCGCUCUGGCGACCUGAUCCACACUCGCCUCCUUCUCUUCCCCUCUCCAUCUCCACUUCUGUCUCAUCUUCGUCUUUGUCUUCCUCUUCUUCCUCCCCGUCUUCUUCCUCUUCUUCUUCCUCUUCUUCUUCCUCUUCUCCGUUGCGGCGGCUGGGAGUCGGUGUGCGGCGGCGUCAAGAUCGUCUGUUGAAUUGGUUUAAGCAGUAUCCGUAUGCGCCUGAGCCUCCGGCGCCUCGCAAGCAGAAAAGCACGACAAAGAUCGACAUCGACCCUGCCAAGAUUUCUCCGUCUCAGCUGCCUCUGCCCUCUCGGAAACUCCCUUCUUCGCUGCGGUGGCAGGCGCUCGCAGAGACUCGCGCCCCUCCGUCCGUGACGGCCGCGUCUGCACAUGCGGCCGUUGAGGCAGCCCACGAGGCUGUACGUACACUCCAGAUGGGUGGCAUGCCGCAGCGAAGGAAGGGGAAGAACCGGAAAAUGAAAAAGACUGCUCUGGCUCGCGCUGCCGUCGCAGCCGCCGUCGCUGCCCAGAAGGCCCCCGGUGUGGCGGCUUUGAAGGCCGCCGCCGAAGCUGCAGAGCUCCUCACCUCGUCCUCCACUUCUUCUCUCUCGCUCUCUGACACCAGAGACGGUGACAGAGAAGAGCCUCAGAUGGCAGGAGAGAACAAGGAUGCAGCGGGAGAACAAGGAUGUGCUCAGAACCCACUGCUGUCGCUUGAUGGCUUGGCGCCAGGCUCUGUGAGGGCGGGAGAGAACGAACAGCCGGCUUCGGGCCAUGGAAAGUGGACCGAGCAGGAGAGGCGUUGCGAGGAAGAAGAACGAGCCUCUCUUCUCUCUGUUUUGUACCCCUCGCGAGACGCGGCGUACCCUCCAGAUCUCGCGCUCUUUCUCGUGAAGCAGCUGAGCACAGCGAAAUUCACAGAAACAGUUGAACUGCACGUACAGCUGAAUCUGGGAACCGGGACGCGAGGAAAAGUCAGAAAGGGCGCAAACGUCGCAGGACGCGUAAGAGGCUUCGUCACUCUCCCCCACGGCGAACUGGGGCAACUCGCCUCUCCACGUCGAGAGCGCGAAGGCCAAGAACUCGAAGAAGAGAGAGACGCAAAGCCAGCAGAAGCAGGUGAAGAUGGAGAGAAGGAAGCAGACACAGAUUCAGAAACGGGAGAAGGUGAAGGCGGAGGGGAGGAAGCGUCGAAGCACGAAAGAGGAGUACAGGGAGAUUUGAACCAGUCGAGAGCGGCAGAAGCUGCGGAAGGAAGCCGAGCACGCCGCGGAGAAGUCUUCGAGGAGACACCGAGGAAGAACGGGGGCCUCUUGGCAGGCGUGGUGAAUGAGAAACCUGAAUCUGGCAUUGUGCGAGGAAACAAACGCGGCGGCAUUUGGAGGAGAAAGCGAGUGAUCGCUGCCUUCGUGGAUAAAAAGGAUGAAGCAGCUGCACUGGAGGCCGGUGCCGAUGUAGUGGGUGCGGAACGCAUUUUGGAGGAGAUCCGGACAGGCAAAAUUUCCUUUGAGGUUCUGAUUUCGACUCCCGACAUGGUCGCUCGGCUCACGCGAUAUGGCAAGAUUCUGGGUCCGAAAGAUCUUAUGCCUCAGGCGGCGUGGGGGACGCUGACGGCCGAUUUCGCGGGGGCGAUUCGGCUGUACAGACAGACGACGAUUCCGUACAAAGCGGAUCGGUUCAAUAUUGUCCACCUGCCCAUUGGCCUGGUUUCGAUGAGUAGAGAGGAACUGAGGGAAAACCUCGAUGCAGCCAUUGCCGCCAUCAACGCGAGUCGGCCGGCCACAGCGGGUAGCAAAUUUCUAAACAAAGUCCACAUAAGUUCGACAAUGGGACCUGGCAUUUUCAUCGACAUGCGCCACGUGAAACUCACUGCGGCUGCCGCAGCCCGAGGGCAGAAGGGUCGCUGAAAAACGUAUAGAGAACAAGCUGUCUGCAGACACUCUCAACCCAGAACUGCCGGUGCUGGAUGAAAUGCUUUUUGACUCAAACGUGUAAAAGCUGCAACCUGAUAAGUGCAUUUUCGAGGGGGCAUGCGCGUGUCCACACGCGCGAGCAGACGUUUCACAGAUUCACUGAUGGCAAAAGGGCUUUAGAAGGAUCGCCUGCUGCACCAAGACUGCGUGAUCCUUGUUAUUUCGGAAUUCUAGUUUCUGAACGCUCCGUAGACGCCGUCAAGUGGGUUGAGACGGCCUGCUCACCGACGGCUGAUGUUGCUGAAGCUGGAAGCGCAGUGGCAGAGCGACAGCAAGCGCCUUAUUCUCAAAAAGGCUCGCUAAAAGAAGAAAGUUGAAAUUCUACGCGGGACCGAGACACACACGAGCAGCGGGGCAGUUUUCGCAGACACGCAGCAGCGUUGUGAGGAAACGGCAUUUGAAAUUCCCAAGCUCAUCAGACGGAGACAACAGGUGAAGCGAAGUCCGAACAAUUUCUACCACCUAGGUGUCACUUUUUAGUUGUCUGAGAUCCCCGUUUUCCCGCCACAUUUGCGGCUUGCCAGCGUCACACCGUCGGCAAGCGUGCGCAUGCGCAGCUGUUCGUCUCGUCCUCACAAAAGCCUGAGUAAGACGCGUAUUUUGACGUGAAAUUCUUCGUUUGUUCGGACGGAGUGCGUCCCUCGCGAGAGCGCAGAAAAUGAGUGUUUCUACCAGACAAUUCGUGUUCCUGAUGGACUGGCACUGCUGCGGCAGUUCAGGUUAUUUACUUCGGUGGUCGUACCGAAGCGGUUCGCUGUGACUUUUGACGCGCACACCACAAAACGGACAGUCAAUCCAUAUUCUCC